GCAACUUGACUUGGAACAUCAGUAUUCGGUAGACACUCUGAACAGAAUGAAUUGGCUUCGAAUAUUGCUGGUUGGGCUCUUUGCCGCGGAGUCUUUGGCAAAAACGUGCAGUUUUAACGAUUCAGUGGCACUCGAUUAUCUGGCCGAUGAAUGGGCCACAGCAGCGAGCAGGUACCCACCACCAUGUAUUGAAGUUGGUGAUCAAAUGGGAGAAACUUUUGAACACAAAUUUCAAGCAUCCGCAGUGAGCUAUGGAGUGUACAUAAUGGGAAAACUGUACCAUCAGGCGUUAAACCGGGGUCAAGAACUUAUCAACGACGUAGAGAGAUAUCGUGCCAACUUGAAACCAAAGAUUGAACUGAUAAAAUCAAACAUCAGCCCACAACCAAUUAGCUUGGACGAAGAUUUGAACUCAAUCAUCAAACAGUGUCAAGUGUUCCUGAGUUUAUCACCUGGAAACGUGGCGAUCCCUACACCGGAUCUUGGCGCUUUGCCAGCACAGCAAAUAAUUCCUGUGAGCAGAACAACGCCUCGGACGCUAUCCGAGCUUCUUGUAAAUUGUAACCAAAUUUUCGAUCAGGACUUUGCCGACAUUUACGGAUUCAUAGAAGGUAUAUUCCUGACAGGCUGGGCUAACGCGAGGAGAUAUUUCGGAAAUGUUCAGGCGCAGCUGCGUGGUGAGAUCCUGAAUUGGCGAGUGCUGAACUCUUACACGCAAGUGGUGAAUGAUAUUUUUUUGCACUCUGAUUUGAUUGGGCGUUACGUUCAUCCGGAAACAUGGGCAGCGUUUAACAACGUCGGCCAGCUCAUCAGAACGAUUUCACUUAAUUGCUUUGAUUGCAAUGAGUGAUAAUGAAGAUACCAGGGCUCCUAUAAUUA